AUUUUGCUCGAUGGAGUGAACGUAAAACAGCUCCCAUGUAUUCAAAAGUGGUGACUAGUUAUUUAUAUUAAAAACUUAGUGUUUCUACACACUAAUGGCUUGCUUAAAUACACUUAAGUUAGAAAUUAAAACGUUAGAACAAGUGUUUCCCAAAAAUCAUGAGCGAUUUCAGAUAAUGUCAGCUAGUGUCGACGAACUGACCUGCAGAUUCGUUGGCAAAAAUGGAAAAAAAUAUGAAAUACACGCAAAUAUCACAGAAACAUACCCUACCACACCACCAGUUUGGUUUGCAGAAAGUGAGGAUCCCAUAGUGACCAAUGCGGUUCAAAUUUUAACUAACACACAAGGAAGAGACAAUCAUGUUAUAAAUCAGGUUGGUAUAUUGUUGAGAGAACUAUGCAAGUUACAUGGUAUCCCCGAGCCUCCAGACUUGGAUUCACUCUCACUGCCCAUAUAUCCGGCACCACAACAUAGAGUACCAAGUGUAACGUCUAACGGUGCUGAAUCUGGAACAGAGGAAGAUGAAGAUAUGGCUGCUGAAGAAGAUGAUUCAGAAGGAGAGGAUGACUUGCCACUAGAGAUGGUUGAGGAUGCUGCUAGAAGCAACAAGGAUGAUAUGGAAACAGAACACCUAGCAACACUAGAACGGCUGAGACAAAAUCAACGACAAGAUUACCUGUCAGGCAGUGUAUCAGGCAGCCUGCAGGCUACAGAUAGACUUAUGAAAGAGCUACGAGAUAUAUACCGCUCACACUCAUUCAAGAGCAAUAUGUAUUCUAUAGAACUGGUAAAUGAUUCCCUAUAUGAAUGGAAUAUAAGACUGCGGUCUGUUGAUCCUGACAGUCCGCUACACAAUGAUCUGCUAGUAUUAAAAGAAAAAGAAGGCAAGGACUCCAUACUCCUCAAUAUCAUGUUUAAAGAAACAUAUCCAUUUGAGCCGCCCUUUGUUAGGGUGGUCUAUCCUAUAAUUUCUGGAGGCUACGUCCUAGUGGGUGGUGCAAUAUGUAUGGAACUACUCACGAAACAAGGCUGGUCAUCCGCUUACACGGUAGAAGCGGUUAUUAUGCAAAUCGCGGCAACCCUAGUCAAGGGUAAAGCGCGGAUACAAUUUGGCGCGACAAAAGUCGUGUCGCAGUCGCAAUAUAGCCUUGCGCGUGCGCAACAGAGCUUCAAGUGCCUCGUGCAAAUACACGAGAAGAAUGGAUGGUUCACACCGCCCAAGGAGGACGGCUAAUCGUCGCGUUAAACUAAGACUAAUGUGUAAACUAGCACUGAAUGAGAGAAGUGAAAUAAUCGAUUCCAUUACGUUUUGAGCGCAGUUUGUAUUGUGUUGGGCAUGACUGACUGAAUGAAACCCGUAUCUAUGUGUAAGUGCUAUCGAGUGCAAAAGACUUAUAAGACUUAUAGAAAAUGUAAUGUGUAACGUUUUUUGUAAUCAUUAAUUUUCUCUCGUAAAGUUAUCCAUACGUGUAGAUUCUAGAUGUUAACGGAGUGUAAAGUUGAAAAGUUCUUUGCAUUUCUUUUUAGUUACGGAAUAAAAAAACUGUGAUUCGUA